AUGUUUAAGAACUUAUUCAGUGGAGCCCGGCCUAAGAAGCCGGGCGGGUCCGCGAGCACCCGCGCGAGCCGCGAGAGCCUCGAGACCGACCUGAAUGAGGAGCCGGUGGUCAAGGUGUCCGCCAAGCGGUCCUCCAAGGACAAGUCCCCAAAGGCGAAGCCCCAGAAGGAGAAGCCCCAAAAGGAGAAGUCUCCAAAGGAGAAGAAGCGGUCCGGCACCGGGACUUCGCCCUUUGGGUCGGGACUUCUGAAUAGGCGCGGCAGCAAGGAGAGGCGACGCGCGGAGGCCGAGCAAGAGCGCCGCCUCCAGGAGGAUCUCCAGGAGAGGGACCGCAUCCUGAGGGAGAGCCAGGAGGGCAGGGCUGGAGAGGACGGCCUCUGGGAGGUCCCACUGGACAGCAGCACCUCACAGACUGUCCAGCUGAAUGGCCACUCGGGUGACGACGUGACGGAGGGCCGGCCCCAGAGCAGGUACAGCAGCCGGAGCAGCAGUCCGGCCACCUCCCCCACCGAGAAGGAGCCUCCGAAGAAGGCCAAGGCCAAGAAGAGGGGCAAGGACAAGAAGGGGAAGAGAGAUGCGUCCAGCGCGCAGGUGGAGUUCCAGCCGCCGUCGCCCCCCUCCGUCACGCUGGCGGCGGCUUCCAGGAAGAGCAGCAGCUCCAGCAGCUCGCCGCCGCUGUCGCCCAUGGGCCCGCGCCAGCCCAGCGUGUCCGAGAUGGUGGAGAAGUUUGAGAAGUCCGCGGGGGGUGACGCCGGCCAGGUCACGACACCGGCGGCCCAGGAGGUCCAGCUGGAGCAGAAGGUCUCGCUGGUGGAGCUCAAGGUGCAGGAGAGCAUGGUGGUGCAGCAGAUGAGAGAACGCCAGCAGCGGGAGAGGAUGGAGGAGUUCGCGCGCUCCACCAGGGCCGAGAGUCUGUAUGCGACUGUUGAGCCUCGCAACAAGAAGAAACCAGAGGCUGUGGCGGAGCUCCCACCAAACGCCAGGGAGGAACUGGAGAAGCAGGCGGAAGACAUAGUGCGGCAGGUGCGCGAGGCGCUGGAGGCCGAGCAGAACGCGUUUGAAGAACGCCUGCAGAAGCGGAAGGAAGAGGAAAGCUACCGGGAGUCCAGGUGGAAACUGGCUAUGGAGACAGUGGACGAGGAAUGGCGUGCGGCGGCAGAGCGUCUGCGUGCGGAGGAGCAGCGGCUGCGCGGCAGGAGGGAGGCCGACCUGCAGGAGGCGGUGGCGGAGGCGCGCCAGAUGCUGAGGGUGGAGCUGGACGAGGAGAGGCUGCAGGCGCUGGCGGGGGCGCGGCUGGCGCUGCGGCAGCACGCGGAGGCGGCGCUCCGGGAGCAGGCGGAGGACGUGCUGCGGGCCGCCGACCAGAUGGUGUCCGCCGCGGUCGCCGCCGCGCUCAGCAAGCACAAGGCCAAGCUGGAGCGCCAACAAGAGGAACUUGACUCCAAGCUGAGCAGCGUGAACGCCCUGGACUCCAGACUCCAGCAGAUGGAGAGCAAGAUGGCAGACAGAGAGAAGCAACUGGCUUCGCAAGCAGAGGCGCUGACCGAACUGGAACUGCAGCUGGAGCAGCGCUCCAGGCAGCUGGAGCAGGCGCUCGUCCGCAAGGAACAACAGCAGGAGUUGGAGUCGAAAGCGGAGCAGGCUAUGAUGCGCCUGGAACGAAUCCUGGAAGAAGAGGAGCGUGCCGCAGAAAGACGAUCCGAACAGGAACAGAUGUGGCGCGUGUCCCUGGAGAAGCUGGAGGCAGAGUCGAAGAAGCGCUUGGAGCGGCUGGAGACGUCGGAGAGACAGCAGCGGGAGCAGUGGCAGAAGUCCCUGGAGAAGAGGGAGGAGGCGACGAGGCAGCUGAGGGAGGCGGUGGAGCAGCAGGAACAGCGACUGGCGGCCGCGAGGGAACAGCUGGCGGCGCAGCUGGGUUCGCUGCAGCAGCUGCGGCCCGCCGCACAGGAUGGCGACAAACUCGAGGAGAAGGUGAGGUCACUAAUACAGGACCAUGAAGCUCUCCUUGAGGAAGACUCUGCAGCGAGGAAGAAGUUCCUCAAGGAGGCGGAGGACCAUCUGCAACGCACUUCUGACGAACUGGAACGCAAACUGACGGAGGCCCGUAAACGGGACCGGGAGCAGAUGACCGCAGACCUGGAGAGGAAGCUGGAGGCCGCACGCCGAGAUCAGGACGGCGCCCAGGAGCAGCUCACGCUGCGCAUCCGGGACUACGAGGCGCUGCUGGCGAGGCGUCGGGACGAGGAGACCAAGAGGAGACAGCAGCUGGACGAAGAGGCCUCGCAGGAGCUGCGGCGCUGGCGCGAGGCCCAGGAGGGGACCGUCCGCCAGCUGGAGGAGGCGCUGGAGCAGAGCCGGAGCAGGCUGGAGGCCCUGGCGGCGGCCGUCGCGGCGCAGGCGGUCUCGGGGUCCAGGAAGCGCAGCAGAGGCAGCAGUAGCAGCAGCGACAGCGACAGCGGAUCCGAGCGUCCCAGAGGGAGGUCCGUCCAGAAGCUGAAGGCUGAGGUGUGGGGCCAGGUGCUGGCCGAGCUGGACAGGGUCAAGGAGGACCUGCGGGAGGAGCAGCGGAGGGCCGCCGAGCAGCGGAACGAGACGUCGCGGCUGGUGCUGAAGGAGAUGGAGGCGGCGCUGGUGGCCCGCAUCGAGGGGCGGCUGGGCGAGAUCGAGCAGGCGGCCAGCGCCGAAGGGGGGGACGGCGACGCGUCGCAGGGGGAGAUCCGCCGGCGCGUGGAGGAACUGGCCGAGGAGCUCAAGGAGAAGACCGCCAACGAGAUCAGCUCCAAAUGGAAGCUGGAGAGGGUGGGGAUCAAGGAAGAACUGGCGGAGGACCUGGAAGUGAAGGUGCGGCGAUACAUGCACGAUAUGGAACGAGACAUCCAGACCAAGACCCUGGAGGAGGUGUACAGUAAGAUCGAAGAUCUGAGAACAGCUGUAGUAGCGUCUGUCGUUGCCGAAAUGGUGGAGGAGAAAUGGAGUCAUACCGCAAAGCAGCUGGAGAAAGACAUCGUGUCGGCCGUCAUGGAGAAAGUCAAGAAAGAGAGAAAGGAAGAUAUAAGCGAAAUCGAACAAACUGUUGCCAAGGAGGUAGAGGAGAAACUGCGCAAAACUGUAGACGAUGUUGAGGAUAAAGUGGACCGCAGGGUCAGAGAAACACUGUCUACGUCGAGAAAUGACGAAAGAGAGUACACGAAGAGUUUGGUCGUCAGUCUGAUCGAAGAAAGGGGGAAACUGGUUUCUGGAGAAAUGGAUGAGAAGCUACUGCAGGGAGUGCUGGUCCACGUGAAAGACUCCAUUAAGGUCGACCAGGACAAAGCCAGGCAGGAACUGAUCGAACAGUGGAACGAGACCGUCAGACGCUCCACAGUCGAGCUGAGGGACAAAAUGGAGAAGGAAGUGUCUGAAGAAGUUAGAAAGCGCUGGAAAGAAGACAGCAACAAGAUCAGGAAGGACUUGGAAGAGAAACUCAAGGAGGAAAUAAAAGAAGAAGUGAAAAAAGUGAAGAAAGACAUUCGGGAAGACGUAACGGAGAAAGCACUCUCAGAAGUUAAGGAGAGCGAGGUGAAGAUGAAAGCGAUCAUCACUGCCGAAGUCGGAACAAAGUUGGCCAGCUUGCAGUACCAGCUAAAGGAAGAGUUUGGUAGUGAAAUAUCUCAGACGACGAAAUCUUUGGUGGAAGAGGAGCUCCUGAAGACCAAACAGCAAGUCAUACAAGUCUCUCCACUGCGACGAGCCUCUCGUGCUUCGCCUUUUGGAGCUCGUAAGGUUGGCAGCACAUUCAAGUCUCGCCUGCACGUGUUCCGUGGACCUGCACUGGUAGGCUGGGGCUAG